GAGCUUAAUGUACCCAAGCCCGCAAAAGCUGUCAAAAAAGUAAGAGAAAAAUAAACUUACCACACCCUUGAUCCCUUUUAUCAUUAUGGUGAAUUCGGCGUUGUUGCGAUCUACGAAAUUCCUGGUGAUUUCCUUGUUGCUCUCGAACGAUAUUAGCGCUACUGCUGUAAGAGAGAGAAGAAAGAGAAAGAGAAAAAGAGUGAGUUCGUUGCUGUCUGGACUGGGGAACUACCACUUGCUUCAGGCCCAUGUCCCUGUGCUUAGAGAAACAGUGAUCAUUAAUGAGAAAUUGUUUAAAUAUCGUUGAUAAAAGGAAAUAUGUGUAGCCUAUUCAUGCUUGUUGCUCGAAUUUGCUCC